AUGGCCUGGACCGAGUCAGGCAGUGAGUUGGUCAUAUUUGGGGGAGGGCAUGCGGCAACCAUAGCACUACGCGCUGCUAGUAAGGGUCAGGUCAGCCCACGUGCAAUUGCAGCUGUUGCACCUACUUGGGCUGGUCCUCUUCCCAUUGUCUUUGGUCGGGGUUCUGACAUGGAAUCAAGGUAUGGGCUUUUGAGAGGCACCUUAAGAGCACCUGCAGUGGGUUGGAUGAUGUACAAUUUGCUCGUAAGCAAUGAGAAAUCCAUCCAAUCCCAGUACAAAUCUCAUGUCUAUGCUGAUCCAGAAAAUGUAACCCCCAGCAUCAUCGAGAGCAGAUAUUCUCUAACAAAAAGGAAAGGUGCUCGGUUUGUACCUGCCGCUUUUCUUACUGGCCUCCUUGAUCCUGUUCAAUCUCGCGAGGAGUUUCUAGCUCUAUUUGCCAAGCUUGAGGGAGAGAUACCAGUUCUGGUUUUUUCAACAGCUGGCUCUCCCAAGAGGUCCAAGGCUGAGAUGGAUGCUCUUAAGGGAGCCAAAGGCGUCAGAAAAUUUGUUGAGGUCCCGGGGGCCCUUUUACCUCACGAAGAGUAUCCAUUGACAGUUUCGGAGGAGCUUUACCAGUUUUUGCAAGAAAACUCUGAAUCCAAGAGUUAA